AGUAAUCAACGCCAUCUAUCGUCUCCGCAGGGGUUGACGUGUCCGACACGAUAUAAAAACAGCGCCCCUGGCCCCCUCAUGUGUAGCCAUUUUUGAUUCUCAAGUCUGCACCAGUUAGGGCGGGAACCCGAAAUUUUCACCCUAGCCAUGCCCGAACCAGAAACGAAGAUGAAUUCGCGGAAGGGCUCCAAGGUGUGGGUCGAGGACAGAGAUUUGGCUUGGGUAGCAGCUGAAGUGACUGGUUAUGUUGGCAAUAAGCUCCAAGUGCUUACUUCAACUGGCAAGAAGGUGUUGGCUUCUUCUGAUAAGUUGUUCCCUAGGGAUGCGGACGAGGAGGAACAUGGAGGUGUUGAUGAUAUGACCAAGCUGACAUACUUGAACGAGCCUGGAGUGCUCUAUAACCUUGAACGGAGAUAUGCUCUUAAUGAUAUUUAUACGUACACAGGAAGUAUUUUGAUAGCCGUUAAUCCAUUCACAAAGCUUCCUCAUCUUUAUAACAUUCAUAUGAUGGAACAAUAUAAGGGAGCUCCAUUCGGUGAGCUAAGCCCCCAUGUUUUUGCUGUAGCUGAUGCAUCAUACAGAGCAAUGAUGAGUGAGCAUCGAAGCCAAUCAAUACUGGUUAGUGGAGAAAGUGGGGCUGGAAAAACUGAGACGACAAAACUGAUAAUGCAGUAUCUCACUUAUGUUGGUGGCCGUGCUGCUGUUGAUGACAGAACAGUUGAGCAGCAAGUUCUUGAGUCAAAUCCACUAUUGGAGGCAUUCGGUAAUGCUAGGACUGUCAGAAAUGACAACUCAAGUCGUUUUGGCAAGUUUGUUGAGAUCCAGUUCGAUGCAGAUGGACGUAUAUCUGGUGCCGCAAUUAGAACAUACCUUCUGGAACGGUCUCGUGUAGUUCAGAUAACGGAUCCAGAAAGAAAUUACCAUUGCUUUUAUCAGUUAUGCGCAUCUGGGAGGGAUGCGGAGAAGUUCAAACUGAGCGAUCCGCACCAGUUUCACUACUUAAAUCAGAGUAAAACGUAUGAAUUAGACGGAGUAAACAAUGCAGAGGAAUACAUGAAGACUAGGAGGGCGAUGGAUAUAGUAGGAAUGAGUCGUGAAGAACAGGAAGCUAUAUUCCGCACCCUGGCUGCAAUUCUGCAUCUUGGGAACAUUGAGUUUUCUCCAGGCAAAGAGCACGACUCUUCAGUCGUAACGGAUAAGAAAUCUAGAUUUCAUCUGGAAAUAGCUGCCAAUCUUUUUAUGUGUGAUGUGAAUCUCUUACUAGCAACAUUGUGUACUCGCACAAUUCAGACCCGUGAAGGAAAUAUUGUAAAAGCUCUUGACUCAAAUGCAGCUGUAGCAAGUCGGGAUGCGUUAGCCAAGACUGUUUAUGCUAGGCUGUUUGACUGGCUUGUAGAUAAGAUUAAUAGGUCUGUUGGGCAAGAUUUGAAUUCUCAGAUACAAAUUGGAGUGUUGGACAUUUAUGGCUUUGAAUGCUUUAAACAUAAUAGUUUUGAGCAAUUUUGCAUUAACUUUGCAAAUGAAAAGCUUCAGCAACAUUUCAAUGAGCAUGUAUUCAAGAUGGAACAGGAAGAGUACAGAAAAGAGGAGAUUAAUUGGAGCUAUAUUGAAUUCAUUGAUAACCAAGAUGUUCUAGAUUUGAUCGAAAAGAAGCCAAUUGGGAUAAUUGCUCUAUUGGAUGAAGCUUGCAUGUUCCCGAAAUCAACUCAUGAAACAUUUUCAAUGAAGCUAUUUCAGAAUCUUCGAUCUCAUCCACGACUGGGAAAAGCUAAAUUUUCGGAAACAGAUUUUAUCAUGUCCCAUUAUGCUGGCAAGGUCACUUAUCAAACAGAUACCUUUUUAGAUAAAAAUCGUGAUUAUGUUGUGGUAGAACAUUGCAAUCUGUUGUCAUCCUCGAAAUGCUCGUUCAUUGCUGGUCUUUUCCCUGCUCCCCCAGAGGAAUUCUCGAGAUCAUCUUAUAAGUUUUCUUCUGUGGCCUUUCGGUUCAAGCAACAACUUCAAGCACUCAUGGAAACCCUUAACUCAACGGAGCCCCAUUAUAUUCGCUGCGUGAAGCCAAACUCUCUCAAUCGACCUCAGAAAUUUGAAAAUCUGAGUAUCUUGCAUCAAUUGCGCUGUGGGGGUGUCCUGGAGGCUGUCCGAAUAAGUCUGGCUGGCUACCCCACUCGAAGGACUUACUCAGAAUUUGUGGAUCGUUUUGGGCUUUUAGCUCUUCAUUUACUGGAUGAAAGCUAUGAUGAAAGAAUUUUGACACAGAAGAUUCUGCAGAAGUUGAAGCUUGAGAACUAUCAGUUGGGGAAGACUAAAGUGUUCCUUAGGGCUGGCCAGAUUGGUAUCUUGGACUCUGUAAGGGCUGAGGUUCUGGACAAUGCUGCCAAGUGUAUUCAGCGUCGGUUGCGCGCAUUUUUUGCCUACAGGAGUUAUAUCUCAACCCGGGCUGCUGCAGUUUCCAUCCAAUCAUACUGCAGAGGAUGUCUGGCUCGAAAGAUGUAUGCUAUAAGAAGGCAGACUGCGGCUGCUAUUUCAAUACAGAAAUAUGCUCGCAGAUGGCUUUUAAGGUGCACUUACAUGAAACUGAGUUCCAUAGCUGUCAUUAUACAGUCCAACGUUCGUGGUUUCAUAAGUCGCCAUAGAUACUUGCUCGGAAAGAAGCAUAGAGCAGCCUCACUAAUUCAGACUCGUUGGAGAAUGUACAAGUUCCGCUCAGCUCUCCGCCAUUAUCAAAGAAAUAUUAUUUCGAUACAAUGUCGUUGGAGGCAAAAACUGGCCAAAAGACAGCUUCGGAGACUCAAACAAGAGGCCAAUGAAGCUGGUGCCUUGCGCAUGGCUAAGAACAAACUUGAGAAGCAGUUAGAGGAUCUGAUGUGGCGAUUACAUCUAGAAAAAAGAAUGCGGGUUACGAGUGAAGAGGCAAAGUCUGCUGAAAUAUCGAAACUCCAAAAGAUGUUGGAAUCUUUGAACCUUGAAUUGGAUGCAUCCAGGUUAGCGACAAUCAAUGAAUCCAAUAAGAACGCAGUGUUGCAAAAUCAAUUGGAUCUAUCUGCAAAGGAAAAUUUUGCUUUGGAGAGGGAACUUGCUGCAAUGGCUGAACUGAGAAAGCAAAAUCAGUUAUUAAAAGUUUCAUUGGAUAAAUUGGAAAAAAGAAACUCAUUCCUGGAGCUUGAGCUUAUCAAAGCUCAGAAAAAUAGUAGUGAUAACAUUGAAAAGUUGCAAGAAUUUGAAGACAAGUGUUCUGAACUCCAACAGAAUGUGAAAAGUCUUGAGGAGAAACUCUCAAACGUAGAGGGUGAGAAUCAUGUCUUACGUCAGAAAGCGUUGAAUGCCACUCCCAAAGGUCACUAUCCUGUUCUUGCAAAGUCAUUGUCAGAAAAGUUCUCUGGCGCGCUUGUCCUUUCCCAAACUGAUCGCAAGACUGUAUUUGAUUCACCUACACCUUCAAAACUUAUUGCACCUUUUUCACAAGGCUUGUCAGAAACGCGUCGAUCAAAAUUAACUACAGAAAGACUACAGGAGAACUAUGAAUUCCUCUCGAGGUGUAUUAAGGAAAAUUUGGGAUUUAACAAUGGUAAGCCACUGGCGGCUUCUAUCAUAUACAGAUGUCUUCUCCACUGGCAUGCCUUUGAGUCUGACCGGACUGCUAUUUUUGACUUCAUAAUUGAGGGAAUUAAUGAGAUUCUUAAGGUCGGGGAUGAGAACUCCAUCUUACCUUACUGGCUGUCCAACGCUUCAGCACUUCUAUGCCUCCUACAGAGGAAUUUGCGGUCAAACGGAUUUUUGAGUACAAUUACUCAACGUCCUGCAGGGUCUUCUGGUUUACCUGGGAGGCUUUUACAGGGUCUAAAAUCUCCUUUUAAAUUUAUGGGACUUGAGGAUGGCAUGUCUCACUUUGAAGCAAGGUACCCAGCAAUGUUGUUCAAGCAACAACUGACGGCUUGUGUUGAGAAGAUAUUUGGAUUAAUUCGUGACAAUUUGAAGAAAGAAUUAUCACCCCUGCUGGGCUUAUGUAUUCAGGCGCCCAAAGCUGCAAGAGUACAUGCUGGAAAACCAUCUAGAUCUCCAGGGGGUGCUCCUCAGCAAUCGUCUAGUAGUCAGUGGGACAACAUCAUCGGAUUCUUGGAUUCUCUUAUGGGUCGUUUACAUGAGAAUCAUGUACCCUCAUUUUUCAUCCGUAAGUUAAUUACCCAGGUUUUCUCUUUCAUCAACAUAUCACUUUUCAACAGUCUUCUACUAAGGCGUGAAUGUUGCACAUUUUCGAAUGGGGAAUAUGUGAAAUCUGGUUUAGCAGAGCUGGAGAAAUGGAUAGCCCAUGCAGGCGAGGAGUAUGCAGGAACUUCUUGGCAUGAGCUAAAUUUUAUAAGGCAGGCAGUUGGAUUUCUGGUAAUACAUCAGAAAAGGAAAAAAUCUUUGGUGGAGAUCAUGCAAGAUCUUUGUCCGGUAUUGACUGUAAGGCAAAUCUAUCGAAUAAGUACAAUGUACUGGGAUGACAAAUAUGGUACUCAAAGUGUGUCAAAUGAGGUCGUUGCUCAAAUGAGGGAGGCGUUGAGCAAGGACAAUCAGAAUCUGACAACGAAUUCAUUUUUGUUGGAUGAUGACCUAAGCAUUCCAUUUUCCACUGAAGAUAUCGAUAUGGCAAUUCCUGCAAUAGAUCCUUCAGAUAUUGAGCUUCCCAAAUGCUUGUCUGAAUAUCCUUGUGCCCAGUUUUUGCUUCUGAAUUCGAAGUGAAUGGUCUGCUACUUGAAUUUGAGGAGAAGAAAAAUAGUAGCUGGAAGGAAACAGUUAUUAAGCUUCAAGUCUUACCUUUUUUGAGGCUGGAAGUCGAAUCAUUAGAUGUGGAAGACGAGUUUCUCAAAACAUCCAUACAAAUUUACAUGACAAUCCAAAGGUCAUAAGAGAUUGGAUUCAUUGAAUUUCUCAUGUGGUAAGAGUAAAAUCUUACUCUUCCAAUGAAGAAAGUCUUGGAUUUUUCUGUAUUAAUAUCAAUAUGUCGCCUGAAUUAAAUUAUCUGUAGAUUUAGCUGGUGGCUUUGGGGUUCAUUUUCCUUUUCAUGUACAUGUUUAGUAUGAUAAAUGUUUAUGCACUUCUUCUGUAGGUUGUACAUAAGGAAAAGUUAACUUUCUUAGCUGAAAUCUAUUGAAAGUUGAAGAAAA